AUGCCGCCUUCGCCAUCAUUCUCCAGCUCCUGGACGCAAUUUCGGCCGCCGAAGCCGACCUUCACCGAAAAGGAUCUGCCAGACCUGCGCGGCAAAACUUACAUAGUCACAGGCGCUAACAGCGGUUUGGGCAAGGAAGUCGCCCGGGUGCUCUACAGCAAGAAUGCCAAGGUGUACGCCGCGGCACGGUUCCCGGAGAAGGCCGACGCGGCGAUCGAGGAGAUCAAAAAGGCGGCGCCCGACUCGGCUGGCGAGCUUAUCUUCCUGCACCUCGACCUCGCAGACUUGAACCAGGUCAAGACAGCGACGCAGGAAUUCCUGUCGCGCGAGGACCGGCUGCACGUGCUGUUCAACAACGCCGGCGUGAUGGGGUCCGACGUCAAGACGCCGGUGCGAACGGCGCACGGCCACGAGAUCACGCUGGGCAUCAACUGCGUCGGCACGCUGCUGUUCACGCAGCUGCUGACGCCGACGCUGGCGGUGACGGCGGCGUCGUCGCCGCCCGCGUCGGUGCGCGUCGUGUGGCUCGCCUCGUUCGGCGUCGAGCUGUACGGCGAGAAGGACGUCGGCCUGCCCACCGACAACCUCGACUACCACCGGCCCGUGCCGGGCAUGGACCGCUACGGGCUCAGCAAGGUCGGCGUGUGGGCGCUCGGCGUCGAGUACGCGCGCCGCCACCGCGCCGACGGCAUCGUAAGCGUGCCCAUCAACCCCGGCAACCUCCGCACCGAGCUCGCGCGCGAGAAGACGGCCCUGUUCCGCUUUCUCGUCACGCCCAUUUGCUAUCCGCCGCCCAUGGGCGCGGCAACCGAGCUGUUCGCGGCCCUGUCGCCCGACGUGACGAUGGAGAAGUCGGGCAGCUGGGUUAUUCCGUUUGGGCGAUUCGGCAACCUGCGGCCCGACCUGCUCAACGCGGCCAAGCUGGAAGACGAAGGCGGCACGGGGGGUACGGCCAAGUUCUGGGAGUGGACCGAGGAACAGAUCAAGGAAUACCUGUGA